CCUCUUGGACAUGUCAGUGUAACCCUCCGCCUGCGGUAGAUGUGCUGAGGCUGGAGUAGCCACCAUUUUGCAUGUCUAGUGUGUUCCUCCCUCCAUUGCUAAUAGAGACGAUUCCAGUCAUUCCUGCCAUCACUACGGCUAAGAAUGCCAGCUCCGAUCAGACUGCGGGAGCUGAUCCGGACUAUCCGGACAGCACGGACCCAGGCAGAGGAGCGUGAGAUGAUCCAGAAAGAAUGUGCUGCUAUCCGCUCGUCCUUCAGGGAGGAGGACAAUACAUACCGUUGCAGAAACGUGGCAAAGCUCCUUUAUAUGCACAUGUUAGGCUACCCAGCACACUUUGGACAGUUGGAGUGCCUCAAGCUGAUCGCAUCUCAGAAGUUCACUGACAAACGGAUAGGUUAUUUGGGAGCUAUGCUGCUGUUGGAUGAGAGGCAGGAUGUCCACCUACUAAUGACAAAUUGCAUUAAAAACGACUUGAAUCACAGCACACAGUAUGUCCAGGGCCUGGCCUUAUGCACUCUGGGCUGCAUGGGUUCCUCAGAAAUGUGUCGCGACCUGGCAGGGGAGGUGGAGAAGCUGCUCAAAACAUCCAACUCCUACUUGAGGAAAAAGGCAGCAUUGUGUGCAGUUCAUGUCAUCAGGAAGGUUCCAGAGCUCAUGGAGAUGUUCCUUCCAGCCACAAAGAACCUGCUGAGUGAGAAAAACCAUGGUGUUCUCCAUACGUCAGUUGUUCUACUCACGGAGAUGUGUGAAAGAAGUCCAGACAUGCUGGCCCAUUUCAGAAAGCUAGUUCCACAGUUGGUGAGAAUCCUGAAGAACCUAAUCAUGUCUGGAUAUUCUCCUGAACAUGAUGUGUCAGGCAUAAGUGAUCCCUUCCUACAGGUUCGGAUAUUGAGACUACUGCGAAUUCUAGGCAAGAGUGAUGACGACUCCAGCGAAGCAAUGAAUGACAUUCUUGCACAGGUUGCAACAAACACAGAGACAAGUAAAAAUGUAGGCAAUGCAAUCCUGUAUGAAACUGUACUGACAAUAAUGGAUAUCAAGUCUGAAAGUGGACUGAGGGUCUUGGCCAUUAACAUACUAGGUCGUUUCCUUCUCAACAAUGACAAAAAUAUACGAUACGUGGCAUUGACUUCUCUACUAAAGACAGUACAGACAGAUCACAAUGCAGUGCAGAGGCAUCGGAGCACCAUUGUGGAUUGUUUAAAAGAUCUGGAUGUGUCUAUCAAGAGGCGUGCAAUGGAACUGAGCUUCGCCCUGGUGAAUGGCAACAACAUUCGAGGCAUGAUGAAAGAGCUGCUCUACUUUUUGGACUCGUGUGACCCAGAAUUCAAAGCGGACUGCGCAUCUGGAGUCUUUCUAGCAGCAGAAAAGUAUGCCCCCUCGAAAAGAUGGCACAUCGACACUAUUAUGAGAGUGCUGACAACAGCAGGGAGUUAUGUGCGAGAUGAUUCUGUACCGAACCUGAUCCAGCUCAUCACAAACAGCGUGGAGAUGCAUGCCUACACAGUACAGAGACUUUACAAGGCGCUCCUGGAUGACAUAUCGCAGCAACCUCUUGUGCAAGUAGCAUCCUGGUGCAUAGGAGAAUAUGGAGACUUGUUGGUGUCUGGACAGUGUGAGGAGGAGGAGCCCAUACAGGUCUCUGAGGAUGAAGUCCUGGAUGUGCUGGAAGGUCUCCUAGUGUCCAACCUGUCCACACCUGUUACCCGAGGUUAUGCUCUGACUGCCAUCAUGAAGCUGUCUACUCGCUUCAGCAGCGUCAAUCGAAUCAAGAAGGUGGUUUCAAUAUAUGGCAGUAGCAUCGAUGUGGAGCUUCAACAGAGAGCUGUGGAAUACAAUGCGCUGUUCAAGAAAUACGACCACAUGAGGCCAGCACUUUUAGAGCGAAUGCCAAUUAUGGAGAAAACUGCUACUAACGGCCCCACAGAGAUUGUACAGACAAAUGGAGAGACAGAGCCCUCUGCUGUGGAAGCCAAACAUCUACCACCUGUCACCCAGCCAACCAACCAGGCCAAUGAUUUAUUAGACCUGCUUGGUGGUAAUGAUGUGGCGCCAGUAAUCCAGAAUACAAUGCCCACCAAACCAGCCUCAGCUGGGGGAGAGCUGCUCGAUCUGCUGGGUGACCUGUCGCUAAGCAGUGCCCCUGCCCCUGCUCCUGCUCCAUCCGUACCUGCAUCCCAACCCCCUUUCCUUCUGGAUGGCCUCUCCUCACAGCCCCUGUUUAAUGACAUUGCACCUGCAGGAAUUCCUCCUAUGACGGCGUACAACAAAAAUGGUUUGAAAAUAGACUUUACGUUUGAGAGAGCCAACCCCAAUCCAAACAUUGCGGUCAUCACAAUCCACGCUUCCAACUCGACAGAGGCAGAUAUGACAGAGUUUGUUUUUCAGGCUGCAGUACCAAAGACAUUCCAGCUGCAGCUCCUUUCCCCUAGCAGUAAUGUUGUCCCAGCACUAAACCAGGGAACUGUCACACAGGUCAUCAGAGUUCUCAACCCACAGAAGCAACAGCUACGAAUGAGGAUCAAGCUGACUUACACCCUCAAAGGCUCGCCUGUGCAAGACCUGGCCGAGGUCAAUAACUUCCCUCCUCAGUCCUGGCAGUGAUGAGCUGCUUCUGUUGCUCUCCGAAGCCACGUGAAGGGAACUAUGAAAACGAUUUUUUUUUUCCUCACCUCCCUCCUUUCUUCCAACGGAUCACCCAUGUGACGCCACUGCAGAAAGCUGCCCUCAAGUUGCAUGGGAUACAGCAGAGCAUCUUACACAGGAACAAAAAACAUGUUUGGAAGACGCUGACGAUUGACACCACCAGAAAAACUGGAAAAACAUAUCUAGUAACUGUUUUCUGUCUUUUUUUUUGCUCUUUAGUAGCUUUUCACGUACACCCCUCUGCCCAGCACCACCCACAAAAGCACAUAUACAAACCAUUCACUAUGGUACACAUUGCCUCUUAUGUCACUAUAGAGACAAAGUGUUUCCUGUAUCAAGCACUGCAGUAUCAACACUUAUUUCAAUUUAAAUUUCAGCUAAAGUUGCAACACUGGAUGUCCAUAAUUGGAUUUUCAUCCGUUUCCAUGAAUCCUCAGUCCUCUGAUGGCAGCAGAAAAAAAAGCUUUGAAGGUCUUUUCAGUGCAGUCAUUCACUUAGUUUUAUUUUAGAAUAAUCCCCUUUUUGACCCUUUUUAAAUUAUGGGUUGUAUAACUUUGUUAUACACACAGUUGUAUUCAUUUUGAAUUAUAUUAAUUUCCUUAAAGCAUGACCCAUCUCGACACUAUCCCAGAGACAACGUUCUGGUUCUGGUAGCUGGUCUCUUUCUACCAUGUUUCCAUGGGAGGUAAUUCACAUCUGUAUUGUUGGAACGAUGACAACAGGACAAACCCAGUGUGAUCACCUGUGGCUAAUUUUAGUUGACCUUUUCCCCACACAGCUCCUCUAAAUUCAACUGACUUGUAGCUUCCGUGGUAGAUCUGCAUCAUAAGUCUUUUAAUUAGUAGUAUGAUGAUUUUACUUCAUUGGGAUGGAUGCAAUCCAGACGUAACAUUUUCUCUCAAGGCAAGUAGAUUGCGUAUGUGCUGGAGAUCGUAAAAGUUUUCUUGCAGCUGUUUUCAAAGUCUAGCUAGUAAUUAAAUACAUUUCAUAUUUGUUUAACCUGGUUGACCGUGCUCGCCAUGCACAUACCUGUAAAUGCAGCUUGUUAUGAAUGUAGUUACAUGCACUGAAUGCUUUUUGUUUCCACCCACUCGUCUUUUUCUUAGGUGUCUUCUUUUGAUGGGGAAGCUCAUCUUUUUGGCACCAUUUAUUUUCUUUCUGCAGUACUUAUUUAUACCUGAUAUCAAAGUGAUGUGCCUUUCUGACUUGGCUAUAUAAUAGUCCCUGAACUAUUGAGUUCUGUAUGAGCUUUGUUUGUAAGUAUGCUUGUGUGCUGAUGGUGAUUUUAGUCUGAGGGAAAGGGGUUCGGUUAUAUCACUUAAUUAAGUAGACUUCACUUUAUCACUUGUUUAUCACGUAGAGUUAAUGAUUCACCCUUUAACAUUGGCCUACUUUGAUGUCCACAGAAAUGUCUGUAAAUUACAGCUAUGUGAUCCAGAUUGUGAGGGUACAAGAUUUUAAAAUACCUGUUGGGUGUCCUGUUCAAGAUAAUGGAAAAUCAGACAAAUGGCAGCUAACAGAUGUAAACGUUUCCUAAGCUGACAUUGAGUGAGUUAAAGGUAGAGGCCCUUUGAAGUGUAAUGUCUAGAGUUUUCCCUGAGUUUGGAUCACGUAGUGUGGUACGAGGAAGGAUUCUGAGGGGAUCGACUGUGAUCUUUUUUUUUUUUUCUUUUUUUUUUUUUUUUUUCUUCUUCCCAAAAUCAGAAUUCUGACCUUGCCGUCGGGACAAGUAACCUUAAUACCUCACAGUGGUUUCUCUUUGGGUUAACGUUCAGUGGCAGUAGAUUAACAGCUUUGUUUAGUCAUGAAUCACAAUCUAGAGGAGCUUUUGCAUGAGAGCAACUAAUGGAAUAUUUGAAAUCUCAUUACUUAAAGCUUGGCAGCCAGGCUGUACAGUUCUUUUCACUAUGCUUCUAUCUUCUUUGACCAAAUCAGAAAGACUAUUAGCUUUGGAAAUAUUUUUGAGCUAUGAUGUGUAUAUGGAGAAAAUAAUUUCAUUUUUUUUCUGUUAUUGACAAAUGCUAUAUUGUUUGUUUUCUUUCUGUACAUAUUGAGGGCUUUUACAGAUUUGUCUCUUGUACUACCUUUCAUCCCUUUUUUUUGUUUUUGUUUUUUUUAGAUACAUUUUCUAAAAAUUACAGUGACUCACAAUGUAUAUUGUCUGAAUAGAUCUAGCCACCAUCAGACUGUUUAGACCUUCCUGUAUCAUCUCUCAUUCAUUGAAAAAGAUAUAUGAUCUGCUGCCUGUACAUUGUAUAUAGUUGUAAAACAAAGGAAAGCUGAUCAGAUUACCCAUAUGAGGAUAUAAGGAUUCGCUAGGAGUAUAAUUGUAUGCAUAUAUGUACAAAAAAGAAUCUUAAGAGGAUGCAACUGAGCUGCAUUUGAUUUACUAUUCAUUCUUCAUUCAUAGUUGGAUGUUUCAUCUGCUUCUUUUACAAAGAUAGUUGGUGAGCCACUUGUUGGCAUUCCUUUUGGAUGUUGAAAUAAGGUAAAGUCUGUCUUAAGAGAUGUUGUCUCAGUGGUGUGUACUACUGAGGAAUCUAAGCACAGAGCUGCACAGUGGCAGGCGUGGCAACAUUCUUUACCUGCUUUCCCUGUCCCCACAAACGCCUCACGUAUCCAUCCUCUCCUCAAAAGAGGAGCCAAGACAUAAUUCUUCCUUCUGGCCUUAUGACUGCUGUGGUGUUUGUUUUUUUUUUCUUCAACCUUGUCAUUCACGUUUAUUAAACUCUCUCCAACCUACGCAUCGAUUGGUGAAAGGAAAACCCUUGGUCUUGGUUUGUUUGCUCUCUUGGUUGCCUCCUUGCUUUUUUGUCUGCCACGUAUCAACAUAAGGCCAAUAACUGGGCCACACAACAGAUUUUAAGUUUGCUGUGGUUUGUCCUACAGAAUUCAUUAGCAUAUAGUUUUCUCAGGUCAAGAGACAUAUUUUUGUCUUCAGAAUGAAUCUAGAUCCUGUGUGUUUAUCUAGGUUCAGGACACAGUGGAGGAGCAGUCUCCCUCCCUGGGUCUAAACAUUGCAGAGCUUUCUUUUGAUUUUCUUUUGUCUCAUUGCUUACAUCUUCAUGGCACAACCUUCAGCUUCUAAAUAUGAAACAUGGGACUGUUACACACGUCAAAUCCCUCUGAAGCGUCACUACUUUGCGUCAAGCUUUACAUUCAUAAUUCAUUCAUGGCAGGAUGUAACAGUGAGACAAUUUUCCCUUUGGCUUAGUUUAUGAAGUGAUUUAUCAUCUCCCAAACAAACCCAAACAGAGCGGUGUUGCACGCUGACGACCACAAGAGGGAGCCAUGCAAAACGGAAGGCUACAAAGUUUCCUACAUCUGUUCCUGGAUGUUUUUGCUAGUGUUGCUUUUUAUUCAACCAUUAUGUACCCUUGUUAAUCUGAUCAGUUCUCUCAACAAUAGUGUAAUUCAAGCCAUUUUUAAUGUAAAAUGGAAAUAAACCCAACACAAGUGCUUUGGACACUGUAACCUAAUAGGAAGAAAAGAAAUGGAAACAAAUACUUGUUUGCAGUUUGAUCAGCGUUUGAAGUGAUGUUUGUGCGUGUGUGUGCGUGCGCGAAUGAGGCUGAGCGAAAGAAAAUAGUGAUGUUUGAAAGAGUGUGUGACAUGUCUUUUAUCUCACUAGGACAUGAUUUUUGGCUGCAGUUUAAACCUUCAGCUUCUGAGCUGCAUGUGAAAACCAGUGUAAAUAAUGUCAUUUCUACACUUUGAAAUUCAAGGAAAGUCAAAAUUCUAAAAAUCUGUCACACCCCCUUCAUUGCUCAGUACAAACACAUUCAACAUCAAACUGGUCAGGCAGUGCUCAGAAUACUGUUUUUUUAAUGGUCUGUAAAUGACACAUCUGGUAUUUGGAUUACUUGAUUUUUUUAUUUGUUAUGAUGAAUUCAGUGUGUAAAGGGCUUGAAAGAGCAUCCCAAUAGCCAUCAUGUUCACUUUUCCCAUUAAAAAAGUGCAUCCAUGGUAUUUUGAAAAAGAAAUCAGUUUGUAAACGCCCCUGCCUGUUCUGACUGUAAAACAAAAUGUGAUCUGAUUUGUUUGGAAGGGUGGAGGCACGAGGUUCACUUUUUUUCUGUCAAGUUUGACAUGUUGAACUGAAUCCCAGUUCAGUCACUUCAAGGAGAGUGUGACUGUCGGACUGAAAGUGUGAAAUGAUUAAAGAUGAAAAGCUGUAAACUAUUAAAUGGGAUAUUUUCAAUUUAUGCUGUGUAAUAUUGUAUUUGGGUUGGAGAAAAUGAUCAAGAGAAUAAAGUCAAAUAAAAACCUA